AUGCUUAUUUUACGUCUCAUAUUUUUAAUUGUUUAUUAUUGGUCAUUGAAAAUAAUGGCCAAACAAGAACUAACUACAAUGGUUACAUUGGGACGUCCAUUUCGUUUGGGUAUGCUCUAUGAUAUGCGUAGUGAUAUGUUAAUUCCUGGCGUUACUCUGUGGGAUCCAGAAAACUUGAAUAAAAAUACAAGGAAAUCUAAACAAUCGAAGACUGACUUCGAAAUAAUCACUGAAGAUUCAUUUCAGAAAAAGGCACACGCUUUAGGAGUCGAAGCUAGUUUAAAGUUAAGUCUGGUUGGUGGUCUAAUCAACGUUGAAGGUUCUGCAAAAUAUGCUGAGGAUUAUCAAAAAACAAACCAUGUAACCCGUCUGACACUAAAAUAUUCAGUUACAACAGAAUUUGAAGAAUUAACAAUGAAACAUCUUGGGAUAGGUAAAUUGGAUCACCCAGAUUUACAUGAUAUAGAUCUUGCAACACAUGUCGUUACUGGUGUCCUUCAUGGUGCCGAUGCAUUUAUUGUAUUUGAUCGUACAGUAUCACAUAAUGAAAAUAAAAAAGACAUAAGUGGUAAAUUAAAAGUGAUGAUUGACAAAAUACCAUUGUUUACAAUCAAUGCGGAAGCUAACUUAAGUUUGACCGAGCAAGAGAAAAGUGUCGCUAAUAAUUUGAAUUGUAAAUUCUAUGGUGAUUUUCGUUUGAAUGCAAAUCCAAGUACCUUUGCUGAAGCUGUGAACCUUUAUCGCGAAUUACCGAUAUUAAGUAACAAAAGUGGAAACGCCGUACCAAAAAGAGUGUGGCUCUAUCCUUUAAGUUUAUUAGAUAAUAAAGCAAAUCGAAUCGUUCGAGAUAUUUCAUCGAAACUGGUUGAUUACUCAAUGUUAGUGAUGGAAAAUUUACAUUCCUUGGAAAUAGCAGCAUUAGAUUUAUCAAAUAGUGAGAUAUUUACACGUUUUGAUCAUAUGAAAAACCAUUUAUUGGAUUUUACCAUGCUAUUGUCGGGAUUCCAACGUGAUUUGAAAGAAAAGAUCGCAUUGUAUCUACCAAAACUACGUGGGAACACUAAUGUUGGAGAAUCUGUUUUAUUUGAUGUGUUUAAACAAGUUGAUUCAUCGCCAUUCAAUCAGCGGAAAUUAAAAUCAUGGCUCGAAGAAGAGCGACAAGUAAUUGGGUUACUUACAGCAUUGGUCGAAAAUAUCAAUAAACAUAAUAUCUCAAAUAUUAUGAUUAAAUCAUCGUCACUAGAUGGAGUCAAUUUUGACAUGAAAUAUGAUUACAUUUUCUGUCUUUCAUUGCGUUUCAUGGAAGAAAAUGAUCCGCAACUUAGUGACAUGCACAAUUAUCUAUAUGAUAACAGCAAUUUUACAUUGUCAACGAAUCCUCAAAAACGCAAAGUAUGGUUUAAAGAUCAUCGUGUUAUAGCAAAGAUUCGCAAAAAUUUACAACAAUUUGUAGAGUUUGCUAAAGCGAACAAUGUUGAAAAUGGAACAAUAAAAUUUAUUGUUGAUGGAGAAUAUUCAGUUGAUGGUGUUAAAAGCGCUGAACUUAUUCUCUACAGUGAUGGAUUAGAACAAGAAGGCUUUAUAAUACCAAGUAAACCGGAUGCACCGUAUGCGAAAAAUGUUACAAACAAUAGUGUUAAAUUAGGAUGGGCAGAUGCAGCUAAUGGAACCGAAAAAAUAGAGAAAUACAAAGUUAUGUAUUGGGAAUAUAGUGAUGAAACAUUAGUCGCCGUUUGUGCAUGUCCAUGUCAAAAUAAUGGUAUCUGUUCAGCUCCAAAUACAUGUACCUGUACAGAUAGUUGGACUGGUGCAACCUGUACAACACCCGUUUGUACAUCUCCAUGUCAAAAUAAUGGUACCUGUUCAGCUCCAAAUACAUGUGCUUGUACAGCUAGUUGGACUGGUGCAACCUGUACAACACCACUGCCAUUACGAUCACCUGCUGUUGAAAUUCAUUCAGAUGCAAAAUGGAAACAAAAUGGUAUCACUGUAGCUGGAGGAAAUGGAUAUGGCAAUGGAAUCAAUCAGCUCCAUGCACCGAAUGGUUUAUAUAUCGACAAAGAUCAAACGAUUUAUAUCGCUGAUCACAAUAAUCACCGUAUUGUGGAAUGGAAAUAUGGUUCAAUGAGUGGCCAAGUGGUUACUGGUGGAAAUAGACAAGGAAACGGAGCUAAUCAAUUAAAUGGUCCAAACGAUGUGAUGAUUAUCGACAAAGAGAGAGAUAGUCUCAUCAUCUGCGAUUUCGGAAAUAAUAGAGUUGUUCGAUGGCCUCGUCGAAAUGGCACUAAUGGAGAGACAAUCAUUGCGAACAUCUAUUGUACGGGUUUGACAAUGGACGAGAACGAAUCUCUCUAUAUUGCUGACUGGAAAAAACAUGAAGUGAGACGAUAUAGAAUUGGUGAUACUGAAGGUACAGUGGUUGCAGGCGGAAACGGAGAAGGAAACCGUCUCGAUCAACUCUCUAACCCCGAAUAUGUAUUUGUCGAUCGAAAUCAUUCAGUGUACGUGUCUGAUUGGGGAAAUCAUCGUGUAAUGAAAUGGGAAGUAGGUGCAAAACAAGGGAUUAUUGUAGCUGGUGGUGAAGGACAAGGAAAUAGUCUUACAGAAUUGAAUAAUCCUGAAGGAGUCGUUGCCGAUCAUUCACGUCUCAUUCGCGAAAGUAUUGUCCGUAAUUCACCAGAAAAAGUCGCUGAAGUUUUUGCCCAAGCGCGAGGUGAGUCGACGACUGGGUUGCUUCUUCUUGGACAUCUUAUAGCCGGUGGACAAGUAUCAAACACAUCUAACACAAAUAACAGCGUCAAUCCAGGAUGGCGUACUGCUCUCCUUCAUAUGGUCAAUUCUCAGGGUUGGUUAGAUACAACACCCGAAGAUAUUCAAGAAUACUUAGCUAAGGAAGUAACACGUAGAGCAUAUAUUUUAGACCAACUAUCGACUGGUUCACAGUCAAGUUGCUACACUAAUGAAGCUGACCCAAAUGAAGUAAAUUGGAAAGAAAACUUCUUCGGUUCACAAGCUAUUUAUAAUCGAUUGAAAGCUAUCAAAGAUAGAGUUGAUCCACUGGGGCUACUUGUUUGUAAAAAUUGUGUUGGUAGUGACGAUUGGACAUCAGAUUUCAACUGUCCGAUCACACUGAAUCCUUCAACAGCAUCAAAAUCAAUCAUAUUCAGUUUGACGUUGUCAUUCAUGGUGAUACAAUUUUUUCUACUAGUACAUUAA